CCCACAGCGUAGAUGAGGAAAUUACUGUUGUUAAACCUCUACUAAUUUGACAAGAAAUCUAAAUUUUUACCCUUUUAAAAUGUUUAUUACAUUAUACUAAACGUUAUUGUGUGUCGGUCAGUGUUUUUCUGUUUUUCCAGAACGUCCUUUCUGAAUCCUGUAUCAUCUGAAAUGUACAACCCUUCAGAACAAAAGACCCGCCAACCACUCGACAAAUUCAGGUUCCGUAUUUGCCAGGUUGGCAGCAACAAAGCCUGCCUGUUUUUCUGCUUGCUCCUGGUGCUCCUGUUGUUCGUUUUCGCCUUGAAAGAUUUGCAUUUCCUCAAAGGGGAAGUCACACAAAAUCCGGGGGUGAUUACCCUCACCAAGCAGGAGGAGUUUACCAUCAUCAUUCAGACGUUUAAGAGAGACGAUAUUCUCCUGGAGGUCCUCAAACGUUGCCUAGAUGUACCUCAUCUCCAGAAGAUCCUCGUAGUGUGGAACAAUGUCGACAAACAGCCCUCCCAGAUAUUACGAGACUCCUUUGGGCAUCAUCGUACUCCUAUCCUCUUUUUGGAGCAAAAGGUCAACCGUAUACAAAACAGGUUGCAGCCCUUUCCUGAAAUUCACACUCAUGCUGUUUUGAUGUUGGAUGAUGACAUUCUUCUCAGCGUUUCUGAUAUCAGUUUUGCUUUCACCAUUUGGAAGCAAUUUCCAGACCAAAUUGUUGGCUUUGUCCCUCGGAAACACGUUGAGACUGCUCAUGGUGCGUAUACCUACCAAAGAACCAAGUUGUCUGAUCCACAUAAUGGAGGAGGAGACAAAUAUUCCAUGGUGCUGAUCGGCGCUUCAUUUUUCCACGCUCGCUACUUGAAGCUUUACCAGGAUCAGCCAGAAGCAAUGCACAGUUUGGUGGACACCACCCAAAACUGCGACGAUAUCGCCAUGAAUUUCGUCGUGUCAAUGUACAUGCGCACAGUCUUGAAUGACACCAGGCCCUCGGGCGUUUAUAUCAUGCCAUUGGACAUGGUCAAUCUGGAAAUGCAAGCCAGAAGCGGUUUCAAGGGCAUGUGGCUUCGCUCCAAUCAUUUCAAGCAGAGGUCCUACUGUCUCAACCGGUUGGCCCAAAUUUAUGGUGUCAUGCCUUUACAGUUCUCAGACAGCAUAAAGACUCGCUUUACUUGGCUGAGAAAAUAAUUCCAUUAGACAUUAAAACAGUCAAAGCCAAACAAUUUCUAGUACACUGGCACCUUGGUUUAAGAGCAACCCAAUCACUUUUCAAUAUGAUUUGAAAAUAUAACAAUGGUAAAAGAUACACAAAAAGUAACAUUCAGGUGAUUUUUUAGGUCUCAUCAAGUUUUGCAGGAAUCAUAAUUGACGAGAGUUGAAGUUGGAUGAUCUGAACUUGCAUAAUCAUUAAUAAAAUAUCCAAGUCCUUUGGGAUGUUUAGUGUACAGUAAUGUCAGUUUUAACACGCUUGACAAACCUAAUGUCUUGCAAACACUCCCGCUCACAUACAUGCCAAGUGCAUCGGUUUGGUCUCAACAUUUUUAGGAACAGUAUAACUAGUGAUGGGUCUGUGAGGACUCAUGAAGCAUGUCGACACAAUGAUACACUGUGCUGACACUGUGUCACUGAAUACCGACACCCAGCGGCGCUGCCAGGAAUUUUGGGCCCCAUGAAAAGAUAUCACUUUGGGCCCCACCACCAGUACUGGGGGACACACACACAUUUAGAGUAUCAACUAUGUAAUUUCUUGCAUUCUGGUGAAUCUUUACACACUAAUUUGUACAUUUUCUGCAUUUAAGAUGAAAAUAUGUAAACAUAAAGCAUAUAGAGUAAUAAUAAAUAGACUGAUAUCAUCUAUAAGAAAUGUACUGAAGGCCAUCUUUUACAAUCUAAAUAUAUUUUUAUUUGAAAUAUUCUCAAGGCAAAUACCAUAAUGAAUGACUGAGAAUAAAUGUUUUAACUAUCCUACAGUAUACUUUACAGUAUACAGUAUACAACUGUUUGAGUAUGAAGAGCUUGCUAAGGGUUUGCCUGCUGUACUGAUUAAAUGUAAGCUAAAAGUGGAGCAAACACAGUAUUUCAUUAUGGAGUAGGCUUAGCCCCAUCUGGAAACUCGCAAUCUCCACUAUAGGCUACAGCUCCGAAGUGAGGUCCCUUGUUAACAAACUAAAUUCAAUUGAUGACAAACUAAAUUCAAUAAAUUCUUGACAGACUGGAUUCAAGCCGAUUUUAAAAGAGAAAAUUUCCACACCAGCUUUCAACAUCUGUAGGAUACCAAAAAAUGCCGUCAUUAUUUGGAAUUCAUGUUUUUGGAUAGGUGAAUGUCGCUCAUUGAGGUCGGGAAAAUCCCGUAUUUCUUAUGGAGUGAGCUGGCACCUCGCUUCGGAGCUUUGUAAUAGACAUCGCGAGGUUCCAGAUGGGGCUGGAGUGGGCUAAGAUAAUAGGUUAAUUUUCAGCGCUACACUGACACAAGACACCAGCCAUCCUUUGUGAAGUACUUUGUCACAUCCUGUUGGCCUUUUCUACCCCUCUCCUGUUUUGCUUCCUUUUCUCUUUUGAUACCCCGAUUUUUGUUUUGAAAACAUUUCUGCAGAACCGUGCACUCCGAGUCAAUGAUUAGUGUAAAUGUGCACCGCUGCUCCCGGUCUCAUCGAAGAAAGGGGCGGACCAAACCAUUUAAUGAAAACAUGGGGGUUAGCGGGUUGCUGGCAAUUCUGGGUGUUUACUUUUUGCCAAAAACAAAACAAGAAAAAGAAACCCUCUGUUUUAUUCCUAUUAAAAUUAUAAUUUUUAAUAUUUAAAUUUGCUAACGAUUACCUAAUGUUCUAAUUUUCUUUGUGGGCCCCAUCAGGGCAUGCGCCCUUAGAAUCAGUAUCACUUUUCACCUCUAUACGGCGCCCCUGCUGAGACCUGCUGGACAUCAAAAUUCCCUGCAGGCAACCCCCUUGACC